UGAACCGGGGGGAAGAAGGCGCCUCAAGAGGAAUGGAGCUGGAGGGAGUAAUCCAAGAGGACGUAACAGAGCAGGAGAUGGAUGCUGAGGAGAACAUCACAGAGCUCAAUGGAACACUUCAGGAGAUCCUCCCAGAGCUGGAGGAAAGCAAACCAGACGAUAUUCUAGAGGAGGCUGGAAGACCACAGGAAGAGGAGAUCACAGUGUUUGAUGGAGCCGUUCAGGAGGAAAUCCCAGGUGAGACUGGGAGGGAGUACGAGUUUGUCAUGGAUAUAGCUGGAGGAGCCCGGCCAAAGAUCAAGGAGCAGCAUCAUGGAGGACAAGAAGAUGCUUUUAUUGAGCCAUCUACAGAAACCCUGAUGGGAAGUACAGAGCAAGUUGGAGCAGGGCAGGAUGUGUUCAGAGGGUGGGCAACAGGAACCCACAAGAAGAUCCUGAGGCAGGUUGGAAGAUCUUGGGGGGAAGUCACAGAGAGAGUGGGAAGAGUUCAGGGGAAGAUGGCAGAACAGGACAGCCAAGGCCAAGAAGCAGGCCUGAAACUAGUCAGGGACUUGUUGGCAGUCGUCACCAGAUCUGACCUUCCCCUGGAGGAAAAGCUGGAGCUGGAGUUUGUGACUCUUCAGUUUAUGAUGGGAGGCAAUGUUCACUUGCUUGGGGAGCUGCAAAGCCAAGCGGUGGUGGAGAACUUCCGCCAAGAAGUGUUUGCAAAAUUCCCCAUCCCAGCUUUCCAUGUGACUAGCUCAGUGAUCUGCUGUGACCAAGCAGCAAGCCAAAGGCCUGAAAGAACCCAGCUCUCAAGUGAAAAUGGCUGCUCCAGGCAACAAGAAAGAAUCUACUCUCAGCUCAUCUUCUUCCUGUGCAGAGCCCCUUUCUUAAAGUCCUGGGACCAACUGGACCGACUGGCGGAAAUGCUGCACAAGCUGAAGAGCUGCAUCUAUUAUAAUCCAGUGGCCCUGGUUGGGGUCAUUGUGCAAGUGGAUCCAGAUCCAAGUUUGGAUGCAGAACAGGAGGCUCGGGCACGCCGCUGGCUAAGGUGUUUGUUAGACGGAUUUUUCUGCUGUGACUUAUUGUUAGACCAUGAUGGGACAGAGCCAGAAGUUCAGGUUCAGGUAGCUGUCUAUCAGUCAGGCCAGCCAGAGCGCGCUUUGGAAGUCAAGAGGGCAGCAUGUCAGGCAAUACGAGCAGCUCUGAAGUUCUGAAUAGGCACCAUUGAGGACCAGUCUCACAUCAGCUCUUCAGUAACACACAAGUUUUUGCUCAGCACUGGAACAUCAUUUAAAAUUCAGAUUAUUCCC